UCGAGAUCUACUUCUCGAGUCCACCUCCUUAUUCCCACGUAUCAUUACCAUCUGCUUUGGAUCUCUGGAAUAGCAGAAUUUAUCGGUAUCAUUGACUGCGCUGUCCUUCCAUUGGGUAAUCCUUUGAUUUUGGUUAACUCUGAUAUUGAAAUCAUCGGGUCAUCUUCAUCUUUGACCUAGUGGCCACUUGUUGGUUGUUAUUUGUUACGUGGGCCUUGUGUGCUUGGUUUCAAAGAGAAGUGAGAUUCUGUUUUUGAUAAAGAUUGGAGAUCAUAAGAUCUACUUGGAAUCAAGAUGAACGCCCCUGAUAGAUACGAGUCCUUUGUGCUCGGCAAUGGCGAGAACAAGGUUGAUAUGGAAGUUGAUACCCGUAUUCCCAACACUUCUAUCUUCACCUUCAACAAGGAAGACCACACUCUUGGCAACAUGAUCCGCUCCCGUCUUCUCCAGAGCUCCCAUGUUCUUUUCGCUGCCUACAAGGUUCCUCACCCUCUGGUUCCCAAGUUCAUCCUUCGCGUCCAGACCGACGGCGAAAUCACCCCCAAGGAUGCUGUCAUCGCUGCCUGCCAUGAGCUUGUCAGAGAUCUGGGAAUUCUCUCCCGCGAAUUCACCAAAGAGUAUGAGUUGCGCAAGAUGGUGGGCGCCAACCAGCAGCAGGGUGGCAAUGCCGACGGAGUUUAGAUCCGCCUCGAGUGGCAGCCACGUUGACCCUGCGCAGCUGGUCUCGUGUGGUAUCUUUUCCUGAUGCAAUCUGACCUUCUGAAACCACAUCGGCUUUGUUUGCACAAUCUCGACGGAACUCACCGAACCAGAGCGACGGAUAAUUCUGUUGAUAUGGAUUGGAGAGAGGAUGGCGGGCCCAUCAUCGUGAUGAGAUGUGUUUUACUGGAGCUGCAGUGGUAUCUACGGAUCUAAAAUUGUGCUUUGCGUGUCUGAAAGGAAUGGGCGUUGUGGUUGUCAUUGUCACACUCUCAGCGGAGGUGACCAUCGUGAGGGCUGGAGGCGUUUCUUUUCUGCUCUUAAUUUCCUAUCCUUUCCUGGAUUCCUCCGCAUUGCGCAUUUUCUGAGGCUGUGGCGGGUAGUCUCGGCAUCAAGUCUUGACACCUGCGCCGGUGGACAUUCUGUGAAUGUAUGGCUAAUCAGUUAGGACCGGUGGCACCUGAGAUCCUGCCAUUCGAAGGACAUAUGAGAAAUGAGAUUACCAUCCAUCAUA